GCUUCCCCCCCGUAUGAGAAGUGGCUGCUAGACAGGGCUUCUUUCUUAGCAUCUUCAGCCAUGGGGCUGGGCUGUAGGUAUUUUGUGGGCUUAGUGCUGCUCUGGUCCCUAAGAAUAGCCCUUGGGCAGGGGGACUUCCACAGGGUCAGUUUCUCUGUCUUGCAACAUGAGUAUGACUGUGGAGACUAUGGGAUGCAGCUGCUGGUCUUUCCCAGCCAGGGCCACACCGUCCGCUUCAAAGUUGUGGAUGAGUUUGGGACACCCUUCGAAGUUACCAACUGCUCCAUCUGUCUCCAUUGGGUCACAUCUGGCGAGCAAGGAGCGAUGAUCUUCUCGGCUGGCUACAAUGGCUGUCAUGUCCAGAAGAAGGAUGGCCGUAACCACCUGCAGGUGCGAGUGGAGGAACUGCUGAGCACCAGGGCCAUCGCUGCCACCUAUGAUGUGAACAUGACCUGCCCCAAGCCCACUGAACGUGACUUAACCCCAGAGGAGACCAUGCGCUACGUACCGCAGCCGGGCCUGGUGCGCCCGGUGCCCCAGCCGCAGCCGGGCCUGGUGCGCCCGGUGCCCCAGCCGCAGCCGGGCCUGGUGCGCCCGGUGCCCCAGCCGCAGCCGGGCCUGGUGCGCCCGGUGCCCCAGCCGCAGCCGGGCCUGGUGCGCCCGGUGCCCCAGCCGCAGCCGGGCCUGGUGCGCCCGGUGCCCCAGCCGCAGCCGGGCCUGGUGCGCCCGGUGCCCCAGCCGCAGCCGGGCCUGGUGCGCCCGGUGCAGCCGCAGCCGGGCCUGGUGCGCCCGGUGCCCCAGCCGCAGCCGGGCCUGGUGCGCCCGGUGCCCCAGCCGCAGCCGGGCCUGGUGCGCCCGGUGCCCCAGCCGCAGCGCCUGGUGCGCCCGGUGCCCCAAAUAUAUCCUCCACCAAGCAACAUAGGGGCCCAUCUCACAGAGGAGCAGUGCCGUGUGGUGGCUGGGAAGAUGCCCUGUGCGGAUGCCCCAGGCCAAGCUGCUUGCUUCCAGGCUGGCUGCUGUUAUGAUGAGACUGACCUCACUACUCCCUGCUACUAUGGCAACACAGUCACUGUUCAGUGCCUCCUGGAUGGUCACUUUGUUCUGGUGGUCUCCAGGGACAUGUCUGAUCACCCCAUCAUCCUGGAGAGUGUCCGGCUAGCCUAUGCCCAGGCAGGGUGUGACCCCAUCAGGAUGACUGAGGCUUUUGUGAUCUUCCGCUUCCCCCUCAUGCAGUGCGGCACCACAGUCCAGGUGAUCCAUGACAAACUGAUCUAUGAGAACCAGCUGAUCUCUGGCAUCGACAUCCGGACUGGGCCAGACGGCUCCAUCACCCGGGACAGCACCUUCAUCCUCCAUGCUCGCUGCAUCUACAAUGCCAGUGACUUUCUGCCAGUCCAGGUCGAGGUCUUCUUGCCCCCCACACCUGCUCCAGUCACCCAGGCAGGACCCCUCCGGCUUGAGUUGCGCAUCGCCACAGACCUGAGCUACAGAUCCUAUCUCACAGACAGAGACUACCCUGUGGUGAAGGUGCUCAGGGACCCUCUCUACAUGGAGGUUCGCAUCCUGCACAGAACAGACCCGUCCCUGGUUCUGGUUCUACACCAGUGCUGGGCCACCCCAAGUGCUAACCCCCUGCAGCAGCCGCAGUGGCCCAUCCUGGUGGACGGGUGCCCGUUCCUGGGAGACAACUACAGAACCCAGCUUGUGCCCGUGGGCCCUGUUACUGAGCUGCCCUUCCCGACUCACCACCAGCGCUUCGUCCUCUCCACCUUUGCCUUUGUGGACUCCGCCUCCCAGGUGGCGCUUGAGGGAGAGGUGUACAUUUACUGUAGCGCCUCAGCUUGCUACCCCUCCCGGCUGGAGCCCUGCAGGACCAUGUGCCCAUCAGGAGCUGCUACAGAGGCCGCCGGUUCCUGGAUAUCAACAAUGGGACAGGAGAGCCCCAGGACCUGGAUGGCCGUAACCACCUGCAGGUGCGAGUGGAGGGAACUGCUGAGCACCAGGGCCAUCGCUGCCACCUAUGAUGUGAACAUGACCUGCCCCAAGCCCACUGAACGUGACUUAACCCCAGAGGAGACCAUGCGCUACGUGCCGCAGCCGGGCCUGAGUGGCAGCCACUUUGCCUCUAGGUACAGCUUCAGUCUCAUGAAAGAAAUUCGCAGCCAUGUUUACGAGGGGCACUUUCCUCUGAUUGGCUAUGGGGAAAUGGUGGCCUUCCUGCUAGCGUCUGCCCCAUCAUCAGUAAAGGGAGAUGGUGACUUUAAUAAAGGAAAAUUCAUAGAGCUGCAGCUGGCAUCAGUUGUGUGCAAAGGGAUUCCUUCCUACAUCACGGUCUCUCCUCAGUUGCCCAGUGCCUGGCAGAUCUUGAGAGCCAACACCAAAUGUGUGGUGGCAGAGGAAGAACCAUCAGACCCCUAUGCCCAGGCAGGGUGUGACCCCAUCAGGAUGACUGAGGCUUUUGUGAUCUUCCGCUUCCCCCUCAUGCAGUGCGGCACCACAGUCCAGGUGAUCCAUGACAAACUGAUCUAUGAGAACCAGCUGAUCUCUGGCAUCGACAUCCGGACUGGGCCAGACGGCUCCAUCACCCGGGACAGCACCUUCAUUCCAGGUCGAGGUCUUCUUGCCCCCACACCUGCUCCAGUCACCCAGGCAGGACCCCUCCGGCUUGAGUUGCGCAUCGCCACAGACCUGAGCUACAGAUCCUAUCUCACAGACAGAGACUACCCUGUGGUGAAGGUGCUCAGGGACCCUCUCUACAUGGAGGUUCGCAUCCUGCACAGAACAGACCCGUCCCUGGUUCUGGUUCUACACCAGUGCUGGGCCACCCCAAGUGCUAACCCCCUGCAGCAGCCGCAGUGGCCCAUCCUGGUGGACGGGUGCCCGUUCCUGGGAGACAACUACAGAACCCAGCUUGUGCCCGUGGGCCCUGCCUUAUCUGAGCUGCCCUUCCCGACUCACCACCAGCGCUUCGUCCUCUCCACCUUUGCCUUUGUGGACUCCGCCUCCCAGGUGGCGCUUGAGGGAGAGUAUGACUGUGGAGACUAUGGGAUGCAGCUGCUGGUCUUUCCCAGCCAGGGCCGCACCGUCCGCUUCAAAGUUGUGGAUGGCCGUAACCACCUGCAGGUGCGAGUGGAGGAACUGCUGAGCACCAGGGCCAUCGCUGCCACCUAUGAUGUGAACAUGACCUGCCCCAAGCCCACUGAACGUGACUUAACCCCAGAGGAGACCAUGCGCUACCUCUCCUUAAUCCACACCCUGCUGUUUCUAGGGGCCCAUCUCACAGAGGAGCAGUGCCGUGUGGUGGCUGGGAAGAUGCCCUGUGCGGAUGCCCCAGGCCAAGCUGCUUGCUUCCAGGCUGGCUGCUGUUAUGAUGAGACUGACCUCACUACUCCCUGCUACUAUGGCAACACAGUCACUGUUCAGUGCCUCCUGGAUGGUCACUUUGUUCUGGUGGUCUCCAGGGACAUGUCUGAUCACCCCAUCAUCCUGGAGAGUGUCCGGCUAGCCUAUGCCCAGGCAGGGUGUGACCCCAUCAGGAUGACUGAGGCUUUUGUGAUCUUCCGCUUCCACCUCAUGCAGUGCGGCACCACAGUCCAGGUGAUCCAUGACAAACUGAUCUAUGAGAACCAGCUGAUCUCUGCAAUCGACAUCCGGACUGGGCCAGACGGCUCCAUCACCCGGGACAGCACCUUCAUCCUCCAUGCUCGCUGCAUCUACAAUGCCAGUGACUUUCUGCCAGUCCAGGUCGAGGUCUUCUUGCCCCCCACACCUGCUCCAGUCACCCAGGCAGGACCCCUCCGGCUUGAGUUGCGCAUCGCCACAGUAGACCUGAGCUACAGAUCCUAUCUCACAGACAGAGACUACCCUGUGGUGAAGGUGCUCAGGGACCCUCUCUACAUGGAGGUUCGCAUCCUGCACAGAACAGACCCGUCCCUGGUUCUGGUUCUACACCAGUGCUGGGCCACCCCAAGUGCUAACCCCCUGCAGCAGCCGCAGUGGCCCAUCCUGGUGGACGGGUGCCCGUUCCUGGGAGACAACUACAGAACCCAGCUUGUGCCCGUGGGCCCUGCCUUAUCUGAGCUGCCCUUCCCGACUCACCACCAGCGCUUCGUCCUCUCCACCUUUGCCUUUGUGGACUCCGCCUCCCAGGUGGCGCUUGAGGGAGAGGUGUACAUUUACUGUAGCGCCUCAGCUUGCUACCCCUCCCGGCUGGAGCCCUGCAGGACCAUGUGCCCAUCAGGAGCUGCUACGAGAGGCCGCCGGUUCCUGGAUAUCAACAAUGGGACAGGAGAGCCCCAGGACCUGGUGAGCUCUCCUGGCCCUGUGAUCUUCCAGGAGAGCCCUGAGCCAUGGAGAGAGCACGUCUAUGAGAACAAGGACCCUGUCUCCAGACUGGACCUGACCCUGGUGCUUCUGGCCAUGCUUUCAUUGGUGGCUGUGGUUUCUCUUGUUACUGUGACACUACUCCAUAGGAGAAGCAGCUGGAUGACAAGGUCCCCAAUCUUCCAUGGCAGAUGACUGUAAAAUAAGGGAGGGGGAGCAGAAAUAAAAUGUCUGGACUGCA